GUUGUAACUGGAGAGUGAAGUAGAGGGUGGAACCGAGUAGGUUGGUCGUGCUUUGCGGAGUCUGAGACAACAGUGUGAAGAUCUAGAAAUGGGUCUGGCUGAAGAAGAAAGCCCAAUGAUGGAAAGGCCGGAGUCCGUAGCGAGUGGCUGCUCAGAGGGGCCUUUUAACUUUAAAGCAGUGGAAGCCCUGAAAAGGGGAUCAUCGCCUGCACCCAGCAGUUCCUCUUCACAGAGUGACUGCUCACGUGAAGAGCCUCCAAACUUCAGGAAAAAGCUAUUAGACCAGAGGGAAAACGAAUUAGACCAGAGGAAAAACGAAUUAGACCAGAGGGAAAAGAAAUUAGAACUGGAUAAAAAGGACCUGACUGAGGACCUGGACUGGAGGGAAAAGAAAUUACACAGGAGAGAAAUGAAAAUAGACCAGAGGGGAAAGAAAUUGGAACAAAGGAAAAUGAAAUUGGAAAAGAGGAAAGAGAAAUUGGAACAGAGGGAAAAGAAUUUGGAACAGAGGGAAAAGAAAUUAGAACAGAGGAAAAAGAAAUUAGACCGGGAUGAAAAGGGCAAGAAUGAGGACCUGGAGUGGAGGGAAGAGAAAUUAGACAAGAGGAAAAGGAAAUUAGACCAGAGGGAAGAGGAAUUAGACAGGAGGAAAAGGAAAUUAGAUCAGAGGGAAGAGGAAUUAGACCAGAGGGGAAAGAACCUGGACUGCAGAAAAGUGACAACGUUCGCGUUCUUCCUGCUGAAUGUAACCACUGAUUUGAAGAAAAGCACCAAGGCACUGCCCCCUAUAUGCAGCUCUGAAGAGGAGACAAGUUCAGAAGAGAGUAGCGACUCGGAGGAGGAGACCGACUGCAGUGAUGAGGACGACGACUAAUAUGGGUAGAGCCCAGAGAACUGAGCCUCUGAAGGAACGGCAGGUUUGAUGUUCAGAGGUUUGGAGUGGA